CUGAUGGCAUCGUAUGCUUGCUCGCGCUUGGCUGUGGCAUCCAAAAAAUCAUGGCCGCAACGUCGAUGGCGGCGGCCCUCGCGGCCUCGCUCCCCGCAGCACCAACAGCGCCGACGCCUGCUGCCCCCACCUAUGAAGCUAUCCCGUCCUCCAUCCUGAAGGUCAUCGAUAUCGAGGCUGAGAUCCCGUUCCAAGUCGUGCAACUCGAUGGGAUGGUAGCGACGAAAAUCCUGAAACAUUCGCGCGAUUCGACUUCUCCGCUCGUCAGCGGUCUCCUGCUCGGUCUCGAUCUCGAUGGGACACUGCGGGUCUCGAACUGCUUUGCCUCGCCACACAAUGUCAACGAUGAGGACGAAAAGUCAACUAAAUCGGGGUCUCGCUAUCAGGCGGCCAUGCUACGUGCUCUGAGAGAAGUGCAAGCCGAUGACAGCGUCGUCGGGUUCUAUCAAGCCACGACUAUGGGGGCUUUCUUCAACCAGAAUCUUAUCGAGAUACAAGCCAUACACCAGGAGAAGUUGAGGCAUCGUGGAGUUGUGAUCGUGCACGAUAUAUCUUCUACAGCCAAGGGCAACGCGUCUUUCCGUGCUUUCAGACUUACACCGUCUUUCUUGGAUGCAUUCAAAAAGUCGAGUUUUGGUACCACCAGUCUCAUCAACCACCGACUCACCUUCUCCACCAUUUUGGAAGAAAUUCCUCUGAAAGUCCGAGUCAACCCUCUGCUCGGCGCCUUCUUGGGCACUCUGUCGCAACCGAUCCCCUCUCUCCUCUCUGAUCCUACCCCCGAGACCGCCAGGACGUCCAUCUUGGCACCCUCCUUCUCUUCUCUCGAUCUCGGAACCUCCGGUCUCACCAAGAACCUGGAGCAGAUCAUCGAGGUGGUGGACAGCUACCGGACCGAGGAGGGCAAUGUCGGCUACCUCAGCCGGCAGAUCGCGCGCGAGAAGUCACGGGCAGAGGCCUAUGUCGCCAAGCGCAAGGAGGAGAACGUGGCGCGCGCUGCGCAGAAUCUGCCUCCGCUUCCCGAGGAGGAUGUCUCCCGCCUGUUCAAGAUCCCGCCUGAGCCGAGCCGGCUGGACAGCAUGCUUUUGUUGGGACAGAUUGAUGCAUAUGGGCAGAGUUUGGAGAGGACAGCCAGCAGCGGCCUCGUCAAAAUGUACGGUGUACGUUCUACGUGACCUAUCUAUUUGUAUCAUUGUAUGGAGUGUAGAGUGCAGUCGUUUCUUUGAGGCUGACAGAAUGUUAUUUCGAGAAGCCG